AAUCUGUGGUAAAAACUAAAAACAGUGUGCUUGUCUGCUUGUGUCAUAUAUCUGUAUUUCAUUGAAAUAGCGUCGUUUGAUCUUUAAAACUAGUUUAAUAAAAAAAAUAGAAAAAUGGCAACUACUACCAAGCCACGCUCAGAAAUGACUCUCGAAGAGUUGGCCAAAAUAGAAGAGGAAGAAUUCAGCACAGGCCCUCUUUCCGUACUCACGCAAUCAGUGAAAAAUAACACACAAGUAUUGAUUAACUGUCGGAACAACAAGAAAUUGCUUGGUCGCGUCAAGGCGUUCGACCGGCAUUGCAACAUGGUGUUGGAAAACGUAAAAGAGAUGUGGACAGAAGUACCAAGAACAGGAAAAGGGAAGAAGGGCAAAGCAGUCAACAAAGACAAGUUUAUUUCUAAAAUGUUCCUCCGAGGUGAUUCAGUCAUAUUAGUACUAAGAAAUCCACUGGCAACAGCUGCUGGGAAAUAGAAUUAACAUUUUGUAAUUAAUGCCCAGAUCAUUUAUGUAGGUUUUCUGAACAUGUCAUUACCUAUAUUUUUUUCUAAUAUUAUUUCCAGGGAUUUAAUUAAUAUUGCAAAACAUGCAAAUGUUCUUAUGUAGAUUUAUCUAUGUCCUAUGAACCUAUAUAAAUUAUCUGUCUCCACAAGGGCUUAUACGUCAGAAUUGUUACAUUAAAAUUUUUCAUUCAACUAAAUGUUAUAUGGCACACCUAGUACAUUGUAUUAACUGAAAAGUAAAAAAACCCUUUUAAGGUGUACCUUAAAGGUGUGUUUUCAGAUAUUUGUUAUUCUUGAGUUAAUUCAGUAUUGUACUGGAUGUGCAAAUUAUGUGUUUUUCAGAACCAUUGUAAUAUUGUAUAAUGAAGACAAGAUUUAGCCCAAUAUUAUCUAAGUUUCAUACAAUAAAGUAUUUUGUAAGU